AAAAUAAUUAGCAAAAGUAGUAUUUAUUCAAGAUUGUUAGGAGCCAGAGAGACACUUGGCUCACCAGACAAACUACCUAAUCACCCAAACGAAGAACCAAACAUUUUGAAAUUUUUUGGGAAAAUUACAAAGCACACGAAUUUAGCAAAAAGAUCCAGUUAUUAGGUGGAAGCAGAUUUUGUAGAAAAAUGGAUGGUAGUAUGAAUUUGGGGAAUGAGCCACCAGGAGAUGGUGGUGGAGGUGGAGGGUUGACUAGACAAGGUUCGAUAUACUCGUUGACGUUUGAUGAGUUUCAGAGCAGUGUAGGGAAAGAUUUUGGGUCAAUGAACAUGGAUGAGUUGUUAAAGAAUAUAUGGAGUGCUGAAGAAACACAAGCCAUGGCUAGUGGUGUGGUUCCAGUUCUUGGUGGAGGUCAAGAGGGUUUGCAGCUGCAGAGGCAAGGCUCGUUGACUCUGCCUCGAACGCUUAGUCAGAAGACGGUUGAUCAAGUUUGGAAAGAUCUAUCCAAAGUUGGAAGUAGUGGAGUAGGGGGAAGUAACUUGUCUCAGGUGGCUCAGGCUCAGAGUCAGAGUCAGAGUCAGAGGCAGCAAACAUUAGGUGAAGUAACUUUGGAGGAGUUUUUGGUUCGUGCUGGUGUUGUGAGAGAGGAAGCUCAGGUUGCUGCAAGAGCUCAGAUUGCUGAGAACAAUAAAGGCGGUUACUUUGGUAAUGAUGCCAACACAGGUUUCUCUGUCGAGUUUCAGCAGCCUUCUCCACGAGUUGUUGCCGCUGGUGUAAUGGGAAAUCUUGGUGCAGAGACUGCAAAUUCUUUGCAGGUUCAAGGUUCUAGUUUGCCUCUGAAUGUGAAUGGAGCUAGAACAACAUACCAGCAAUCGCAACAGCAACAGCCAAUCAUGCCUAAGCAGCCUGGUUUUGGUUAUGGAACACAAAUGGGUCAGCUUAAUAGUCCUGGGAUAAGAGGUGGUGGUCUUGUGGGACUUGGAGAUCAGUCUUUAACGAACAAUGUGGGCUUUGUCCAAGGUGCUUCUGCUGCAAUUCCUGGAGCUUUAGGCGUUGGUGCUGUGUCGCCUGUUACGCCAUUGUCAUCAGAAGGGAUAGGGAAGAGUAAUGGUGAUUCUUCAUCACUCUCUCCGUCUCCUUACAUGUUUAAUGGUGGUGUGAGAGGUAGAAAGAGUGGCACUGUGGAGAAAGUUGUAGAGAGAAGGCAAAGGAGAAUGAUAAAGAACCGAGAAUCAGCUGCAAGGUCCCGGGCCAGGAAACAGGUUAAUCUCUUCAUCACCAUCUAUCUAUGUACUCUUGAUUGUGUUAUAAGCCAAAAGAUAUGUAAAGUAAAUUGGUUAGCUUAUCUUGUAGUUAAGUUCUUUAACCACAAUGAAGCGUUGAAUUCAAAGCGUAAAGUGUCUUGUGUGAAGUAGUGUAGUAAACAACUAAACAGAAUUAUUGGGACUUGAAAUCAGUACUUGUGGCUGAAUGAAUCUCGCAAACAAAUAUGAACCUUCUGGUUUUGGUGUAUAUACAUGUUGCCCAUCCGCAGAUAUUCACGGCAGACCAAACAAUAUACUGGAAUGUAAUUUGCUAAUGUCAUGAGGUGGCUCAGAGUUUAAAUGAGUAGUGAGGGUUCAUCGUCAAAACCUGAGUAGUGGCGACAUGGUUUUUCUUUUGGGGCAAGGUAAUGGGUAAUUGGUGCUCCCAAAAACCUGUUACAUCUGACAUGUACUAUGACCAAACUGUUGAGUUCUACAUUUGAGGGUCUAAAUGUUUUGAAUGGCACUCUAGUCUUUAUCUCAUAAGCUUCUCAGUCGUGCUUGUUUUGGUUCAUAGGCUUACACCGUGGAGCUUGAAGCUGAAGUUGCAAAGUUAAAGGAAGAGAAUGACGAGUUACAACGAAAGCAGGCAAGGAUCAUGGAAAUGCAAAAGAAUCAGGAGACGGAGAUGAGGAAUCUUCUGCAAGGAGGUCCAAAGAAAAAGCUGAGGAGGACAGAGUCGGGACCUUGGUGAAUCAAUCAAUGCCAUCAUACUUAGUUUCUGUAGAUAAAUGACAUCCCACUUAGGUGUUUUAGUUGAAUUAGACUUAAUAGAGAAGAGCUUUCAUCGUUUAUAUUGUAAGCUCUCUCCAUAUAUGUUAUGUUUUUUACAUACACAGGAUCAUCAGAAUCUCUUUUGCUUUAUUUAGACCAAGAAUUUUGUGUGUGUUUCUCGUUGUUGUUUGUCGUUGUCGCUAUUAAACCUCAAAAUGUACUUUCUUGAUCUUGGAGUUACCAAUUUUGAAGAAUUGAAGUGUUGUUUGGUUUCU